CCAAAAAGAGCCCGGAAAAGAGCAGAAGGUGCAGCCAGCUCCAAUGUCUUCUCCAUGUUUGACCAGUCCCAGAUCCAAGAGUUCAAGGAGGCCUUCACCAUCAUGGACCAGAACCGGGACGGCUUCAUCGACAAGCUGGACCUGCGGGACACCUUUGCCGCUCUAGGCCGCAUCAACGUCAAGAACGAGGAGCUCGAAGCCAUGGUCAAGGAGGCCCCGGGGCCCAUCAACUUCACCGUCUUCCUGACCAUGUUUGGAGAGAAGCUGAAGGGCACAGACCCGGAGGAGACCAUCCUCCAUGCCUUCAAGGUGUUUGACACUGAAGGGAAAGGUUUCGUCAAGGCUGACUUCAUCAAGGAGAAGCUCAUGACCCAGGCAGACCGCUUCACUGAAGAGGAGAUCAAGCAGAUGUUCGCGGCUUUCCCGCCAGAUGUGUGUGGCAACCUGGACUACCGGAACCUGUGCUAUGUCAUCACCCACGGCGACGAGAAGGACUAG